CUCCUCCCCUCCUCCUUCCCUCCUCCCCCUCUCCUUCCCUCUCAUCUCCUCCCCUUCACUCAGACACUUCCAGCUGGUGGUGUAACAUUGCCUCCCAGUCUCAGCUGCCUCUCUCUCUCUCUCUCUCUCUCUCUCUCUCUCUCUCUCUCUCCUUCCUACUCGAUCUCUCUCUACCUUACCUACUUCCCUUCCUCUCAUUCCAUUGCCUGUCCUGUCUGAGGGAUGCUGUGUUGGGAGAAGGGAAUGCGAUGGGUCGUGGUUCAGGUAGGACCAGUAGCCACAUGAAGACAUCAGCAGACGAGAGGAGAGAGAGAGCUGCUUCUGUUUCUCUAGAGACUGAUCCGUCCUGGUCAUCUGUCUGCUGCCAGACCUCAUCUUCCUCAUCUUCAUCUUCCUCCUGGAUACUAGAACACUGGAUCACAUCACCCAGGGUGGAGAAGCUUGGUCCGUUUUAUUUUCCCUGCUACCUACCUAGCUAGAUAGCGUUACUACCUCUGCUGCUGUCCUGAGAGAGAGCAUCACACCACCACCCAGCCCUGCUCCCUGAUACUACAGAGAAGAGCUGUUCCCAGACCUGCUAGGAUACUAUACUACAGAGAAGAGCUGUUCCCAGACCUGGUAGGAUACUAUACUACAGAGAGGAGCUGUUUCCAGACCUGCUAGGAUACUAUACUACAGAGAAGAGCUGUUCCCAGACCUGGUGGGAUACUAUACUACAGAGAAGAGCUGUUCCCAGACCUGCUAGGAUACUAUACUACAGAGAGGAGCUGUUUCCAGACCUGCUAGGAUACUAUACUACAGAGAGGAGCUGUUUCCAGACCUGCUAGGAUACUAUACUACAGAGAGGAGCUGUUCCCAGACCUGCUAGGAUACUAUACUACAGAGAGGAGCUGUUCCCAGACCUGGUAGGAUACUAUACUACAGAGAGGAGCUGUUUCCAGACCUGCUAGGAUACUAUACUACAGAGAGGAGCUGUUCCCAGACCUGGUAGGAUACUAUACUACAGAGGAGCUGUUUCCAGACCUGCUAGGAUACUAUACUACAGAGAGGAGCUGUUCCCAGACCUGGUAGGAUACUAUACUACAGAGAGGAGCUGUUCCUAGACCUGGUAGGAUACUAUACUGCAGAGAGGAGCUGUUCCCAGACCUGCUAGGAUACUAUACUACAGAGAGGAGCUGUUUCCAGACCUGGUAGGAUACUAUACUACAGAGAGGAGCUGUUCCCAGACCUGGUAGGAUACUAUACUACAGAGAGGAGCUGUUCCCAGACCUGGUGGGAUACUAUACUACAGAGAGGAGCUGUUUCCAGACCUGGUAGGAUACUAUACUACAGAGAGGAGCUGUUCCUAGACCUGGUAGGAUACUAUACUACAGAUAGGAGCUGUUUCCAGACCUGGUAGGAUACUAUACUACAGAGGAGCUGUUUACAGACCUGGUAGGAUACUAUACUACAGAGAGGAGCUGUUUCCAGACCUGGUAGAAUACUAUACUACAGAAAGGAGCUGUUUCCAGACCUGGUAGGAUACUAUACUACAGAGGAGCUGUUCUCAGACCCGCUAGGAUACUAUACUACAGAGAGGAGCUGUUCCCAGACCUGGUAGGAUACUAUACUACAGAGAGGAGCUGUUCCCAGACCUGAUAGGAUACUAUACUACAGAGGAGCUGUUCCCAGACCUGGUAGGAUACUAUACUACAGAGAGGAGCUGUUCCCAGACCUGCUAGGAUACUAUACUACAGAGAGGAGCUGUUUCCAGACCUGGUAGGAUACUAUACUACAGAGGAGCUGUUCCCAGACCUGGUAGGAUACUAUACUACAGAGAGGAGCUGUUCCCAGACCUGGUAGGAUACUAUACUACAGAGAGGAGCUGUUCCCAGACCUGCUAGGAUACUAUACUACAGAGGAGCUUUUCCCAGACCUGCUAGGAUACUAUACUACAGAGAGGAGCUGUUUCCCGACCUGGUAGGACUUCCUCCUGCGAUCCUGCUCUAUAAGGAUAUCCGCUCCAUCGCAGCUCCCCAGCAUCAUGGCUCAGGCUGCAUCUCAGAUCAAGAAGAGAGCGAUUGUGGACACCUCCGUUGAGGACGAGAAGCUUAAGAAGAGGAAGAUCAGACAAGCCCAACGGCAGCUGAAGAAAAAGAUUGACAGUAAUGCCAGCUACUUGAGAGCAGCCCGGGCAGGGAACCUAGAGAAGGCUUUGGAUUACCUGAAGACUGGGGUCGAAAUCAACAUCUGUAACCAGAAUGGCCUCAACGCCCUCCACCUGGCCUCUAAAGAGGGCCAUGCCGAGGUGGUCACACAGCUCAUCAAGCUGGGAGCCAAUGUGGACGCUGCAACUAAGAAAGGUAACACAGCUCUCCACAUAGCGUCUCUAGCUGGUCAGGUGGAUGUAGUGAAGGAGCUGGUGACCAGUGGAGCUAACGUCAACGCACAGUCUCAGAAUGGCUUCACUCCUCUGUACAUGGCUGCUCAGGAGAAUCAUCAGAAGGUGGUCAGAUACCUGCUGGACCAUGGCUCCACACAGGGCAUCGCUACAGAGGAUGGCUUCACCCCCCUGGCGGUGGCGUUGCAGCAGGGACAUGAACAGGUGGUCUCUCUGCUCCUGGAGAAUGACACGAAAGGGAAGGUCCGGCUCCCGGCACUCCACAUUGCCGCGCGCAAAGACGAUACCAAGGCUGUUGCACUGCUGCUCCAGAUCGACCACAACGCAGAUGUCGAGUCCAAGAUGAUGGUGAAUAGGACCACAGAGAGUGGCUUUACUCCGCUGCACAUUGCUGCUCACUACGGCAACAUCAACGUGGCAACGCUCCUCCUCAACCGCGGCGCCGCCGUGGACUUCAAGGCCAGGAAUGACAUCACACCGCUGCACGUGGCUUCUAAGAGAGGGAAUGGCAACAUGGUCAAAGUUCUGCUGGAGAGGGGAGGCAAGAUAGACGCCAGGACUAAGGACGGUCUGACCCCUCUCCACUGUGGCGCCAGGAGCGGACAUGAACAAGUGCUGGAGAUGCUGCUAGACAGAGGAGCUCCCAUCCUGUCCAAAACUAAGAACGGUCUGUCUCCCCUCCACAUGGCCACCCAGGGGGACCAUCUGAACUGUGUUCAGCUCCUGCUACACCACGAGGUUCCUGUUGAUGAUGUCACCAACGACUACCUGACGGCCCUGCAUGUCGCCGCCCACUGCGGACACUAUAAGGUCGCCAAGGUCAUUGUGGACAAGAAGGCCAAUCCCAACGCUAAAGCACUGAAUGGUUUCACUCCGCUCCACAUCGCCUGCAAGAAGAACAGAAUCAAAGUGAUGGAACUACUGCUGAAACACGGAGCGUCCAUACAGGCAGUGACCGAGUCGGGUCUCACUCCGAUCCAUGUGGCGGCUUUCAUGGGACACGAUAACAUCGUCACUCAGCUGACGAAUCACGGAGCUUCGCCAAACACAACUAAUGUGAGGGGAGAGACGCCGCUCCACAUGGCAGCGAGAGCCGGCCAGGCUGACGUGGUCAAAUACCUGGUUCAGAACGGAGCCAGAGUGGAGGUCAAGGCCAAGGACAACCAGACCCCGCUCCACAUCUCCAGUCGUCUGGGGAAGCCUGACAUCGUGCUGCAUCUGCUGCAGAACGGGGCGUGUCCUGACGCCACUACCUCCUCUGGCUACACCCCCUUACACCUGGCUGCCAAAGAGGGACACAGAGACGUCACCUCAGUCCUCCUUGACCAGGGGGCUUCUCCAGACAUCACUACCAAGAAAGGCUUCACUCCCCUCCAUGUUGCAGCUAAGUAUGGGAAGAUAGAAGUGGCCAACCUUCUGCUGCAGAGACACACUGCGCCCGAUGCAGCUGGGAAGAGUGGUCUAACUCCCCUACACGUAGCUGCUCAUUAUGAUAACCAGAAAGUGGCUCUGCUGCUGCUGGACCAGGGAGCUUCACCGCACGCUGCUGCCAAGAAUGGGUAUACUCCUCUCCACAUCGCGGCUAAGAAGAACCAGAUGGAGAUCGCAACGACGCUGCUGGAGUACGGAGCCAACACCAACGCUACGACACGUCAGGGCAUCACACCGCUGCACCUGGCCUCUCAGGAGGGCAACGUAGACAUCGUUACCCUGCUACUGGCCAGGGACGCCACCAUCAGCUUGGGCAACAAGAGUGGUCUGACUCCUCUCCACCUGGCAGCUCAGGACGACAAGGUGAACGUAGCUGAGGUGCUGGUUAACCAGGGGGCCACUGUUGACCCAGAGACUAAGAUGGGAUACACUCCACUGCACGUGGCGUGUCACUAUGGAAACGUGAAGAUGGUCAACUUCCUGCUAAAGAACCAGGCCAAGAUCAACGCCAAAACCAAGAACGGAUACACCCCCCUCCAUCAGGCGGCCCAGCAAGGCCACACCCACAUCAUCAACCUACUGCUGCAGCACGGGGCCUCUCCCAACCACGUCACUGUGAAUGGUAACACGGCCCUGUCCAUCGCCAGGAGGCUGGGGUACAUCUCUGUAGUGGAUACUCUGAAGGUCGUCACUGAGGAAACACAGACCACUCUGACGGUGACCGAGAAACACAAGAUGAACGUUCCAGAAACCAUGAAUGAGGUUCUGGACAUGUCGGAUGAUGACGUUGGUAAAGCCAAUGUACCUGAAAUGCUCAAUGAAGACUAUUUAUCUGAUGUUGAAGAAGGUGAGGAUGCGAUGACAGGCGACACGGAUAAGUACCUGGGACCCCAGGACCUGAGAGAGCUGGGAGAUGACUCUCUGCCCCAGGAGGGUUACAUGGGCUUUAGCAUCGGAGCACGCAGCGCCAGCCCUAAGGUCUGCAGUUCGGAUAGGUCCAACACCCUGAACAGGACCUCUUACACCAGAGACAGCAUGAUGAUCGAAGAGAUACUGGCUCCUACCAAGGAUAUGAACCUGGCGGUGGCCAGCAGAGACUGUGACUCUGACUCUCUGAGACACUACAGCUGGACUGCUGACACCUUGGACAACAUCAACAUGGUCUCCAGCCCCAUACACUCUGGCUUUUCCUCUCCUCUACCUCAGUAUGACUCCAGGUUCCUGGUCAGUUUCAUGGUGGAUGCACGCGGCGGCUCCAUGCGGGGGAGUCGUCAUAACGGAAUGCGCAUCAUCAUCCCGCCCAGGAAGUGCACGGCUCCGACACGCAUCACCUGCCGCCUGGCGAAGAGGCACAAGCUGGCCACGCCCCCACCGAUGGUGGAUGGAGAGGGAUUGGCCAGCAGGCUGGUGGAGGUGGGGCCUGCUGGAGCUCAGUUCCUUGGCCCUGUGAUCGUGGAGAUCCCCCAUUUUGGUUCUAUGAGGGGGAAGGAGAGGGAGCUGAUCAUGCUGAGGAGUGAGAAUGGAGAGACCUGGAAGGAACAUCAGUACGACUGCAAGACUGAUGACCUCAAUGAGCUGCUCAACGGCAUGGAUGAAGAGCUGGACAGUGCCAAGGAGCUGGAGAAGAAGCGUAUCUGUCGCAUCAUCACCAAGGAUUUCCCACAGUACUUUGCGGUGGUGUCUCGUAUCAGACAGGAGAGCAGCCAGAUGGGCCCUGAGGGAGGAGUCCUCUCCAGCCUGACACUUCCAUUGGUCCAGGCCUCCUUCCCAGAGGGGGCGCUCACCAAGAAGAUACGCGUGGGACUGCAGGCCCAGCCGGCUCCUGAUGACAUGGUGAAGAAGAUCCUUGGUAACCGGGCGACAUUCAGCCCCAUAGUGACGGUGGAACCUCGACGCAGGAAGUUCCACAAACCCAUCACCAUGACGAUCCCGGUCCCGCCCUUGUCAGGGGAGGGGGUUAGCAACGGCUACAAGGGAGACUCCACCCCCUGCCUGAGGUUGCUAUGCAGCAUCACCGGCGGAACCUCUCCUGCCCAAUGGGAGGACAUCACUGGGACCACGCCCCUAACCUUCGUCAAUGACUGUGUCUCCUUCACCACCAAUGUCUCUGCCAGGUUCUGGCUUGCUGACUGCCACCAGAUCCCAGAGACUGUAGGCCUGGCCACCCAGCUGUACAGAGAGCUCAUCUGUGUUCCUUACAUGGCCAAGUUCGUGGUGUUCGCCAAGAUGAACGACCCUAUGGAGUCCCGCCUGCGCUGCUUCUGUAUGACAGACGACAAGGUGGACAAAACCCUGGAACAGCAGGAGAACUUUGAGGAAGUGGCCAGGAGCAAAGACAUUGAGGUUCUGGAGGGGAGGCCCAUCUAUGUGGACUGCUAUGGGAACUUAGCUCCUCUGGCCAAGGCUGGACAGCUAUUGGUGCUCAACUUCUACGCAUUCAAAGAGAACCGGCUUCCUUUCUGUGUGAAGGUCAGAGACAACAGCCAGGAGCCGUGUGGCCGUCUGACAUUUCUGAAGGAGACCACUAAGACCGCUAAGGGUUUCCCCCAGACGGCCGUGUGUAACCUGAACAUCACUCUCCCUGCGCUGAAGAAGGAAAUGGAGUCAGACCCAGAUGAAGAGACUGAAAAGCCAGAACGACGCCAUACCUUUACAUCUCUAACCUUACGUAAGCGGUACAGCUAUCUCGCCGAGCCCGCCACGAAAACAGUUGAGCGAAGCACAGCAAGAACACUGCCUGCUGGUUACACUCACAAACCUGUCUUUUCAACAAGAUCUUACAAGGCAUGGUCGGCUGCGCCUCUUCCCCACACUGUCCAAGCAAGGUGUGGACUGGGCUCCCUCUCCGGCUCACCGCCCAACACACCAUCUGCAUCGCCACUAAAGUCUGCCUGGUUGCUCUCCUCCGCCUCUCCAAUCAAAUCUACCCUCGGAGCCUCACCAUCACAUUCAGUCAAGUCCUCUGGCGACAUAGCUUCUAUACCUGUCAGAUCCUAUAGAACUAUGGCCUCCCCUAUUAAGACUGUUGUACAGCAGGCCCAGUACCCGGUCCAGGUCUCUGCCAGUCUGGUGUCCUCUUCCUCUAAACCUGGAGCAGAUCCUGUCUUCAUUAAAGGACUAUCCAGCCCAUUUUCUUCCAGGACCACCCCAGCCUCUAACACAGGGUCUGUUCCAGAUAGAUCAACCAUAACUCAACCCGAAUCUCCCAAGGGCACAGCCAACAUGUACUCCUCUAGUUUACCCUUCAAAUCAGUCCUGUCGUCUUCAUCCUCCUCCCCUGUCAGAACCAUUCCUGGCCUGUCCACUACUUCAGCUCCAUCUAAGGGGAAGCCCCUCCCCUCUCUGUCCUCACCAGCCCACUCCUCAGAAGCCUCUGCUAUGGUGAAUGGAUUAGUUUCUCCCAUGAAGUACGCCUCUUCUUCUCAGUCCUCCUCCCCCUCUCCCUCCUCCCCCUGCUCCUGUUUGCUCUCUGAUAGGUCUAGCAGUCUGCAGGAGAGGAUACAGACCACCACUCACGCCGCCACUUCCAGUGUUAGUGCAGCUAUAAAUGAGGCCGAAAGGACAUUUAACUCUUCAGGGUACGGAACACUCAAAUCGGCGUCCUCGCGUAGAUCUAACACCUCAACUUCUGUCUACGGCUCUAUGAGGUCUCAAACCUCUUCCACCACCUCAGCAACACCCAAUACAAUGACUGUACCUGUAUACUCUUUUCUCAAUGUUGCGACCGAGUCCCAAAUGAAAAAAGGGCCUGGGUCGCUGAAGAUGUCGUCUGCAGACUCUCGCAGGUCAAAGACGGCGGUGAAGUCCCCUCCUUACAUCACCCCCCCAGGGCUCACUCUAACCCCACCCUCCUCCCUAUCCUCCAAUCAGGACAUCCUGAAAGACGUGGCCGAUAUGAAGGAGGACCUGAUCAGGAUGACGGCCAUCUUGCAGACUGACCCCAGAACAGCCAGGAACGUUCAGUCUCAGACUCCUAAAGAGCCUAAGAUGGAGGAUGAGGAGCCCUUCACCAUAGUAGAGAAAGUGAAGGAGGAUCUAGUGAAAGUCAGUGAGAUACUGACCAAGGAUGUGGUGAGUGAUAGUCAAGCCUGUAGAGGGAAGCCCUCCGAGGAGGAGUGGGAGGAGUUCUCUAAAGAUGAGUUAGAAGAAGCCCAGCAAAGUGCUAAGGAAUUCUUUCACCCUCCGUUUGACCCGAACACACUCUCCUUUAGGCCCCAGUCUAUGCCCAGUAAAGAGUUGAAUUUAGCCAAGGUUGUUGACUACCUGGCCAAUGACAUAGGUGCUAGUUCUCUUUCUAAGAUGGCCGAGAUGAAGAGCAGAUAUGAGGAGGCGAAAAGGGAAGGGGAGGACAAACAGAAACUAAAAAAACUCAAGAUGCCUCCCUCAGGUAUGCGUACCUCUGCCUCUGAGAAAGACUUAUGUAAACUAGCAGAGUCAUAUUAUGGACCUGACGCCAUAUUGGAGUCACCAGAGGACUUAUCUCAUGAGCAGGAUAAGAGUCCUCUGUCAGACAGCGGCUUUGAAACCAGGAGUGAAAAGACUCCUUCAGCCCCCCAAAGUGCAGAGAGCACCGGGCCCAAACCCCCCUUCACUGACCCCAUCCCUCCCUGCAUCACUGAGACUAGGACCGAGGUGGUCCAUAUCAGGAGCUACGAGCACCCAGACGAACCCUGUGAGGUGCAGAUGGAGGAGGCAGCCUCAGCAUUGCCGGCCUGCAUUGAACCAGAGGCCUCCUCCGCCAUCAAAGACAAAGUCAAAUCCUUCCAGAUCAAAGUGUCUGACGACUCUGACUCUGUCGUUAGCAAGAGCAUGAGGCUCAAAGAGGAGACCCACAUCACCACCACCACGCGCAUGGUUUACCACAAACCGCAGCUGAAAGACGGCUCGGAGAGGAUGGAAGAGACCAUGUCAGUCAGAGACAUAAUGAAAGCAUUCCAGUCCGGAAGGGACCCCUCCAAAGAACUAGCUGGACUGUUUGAGCACAAGGCUGAUCAGGACUCUGUCAAAGGGGAUGAACUCACCCCUAGGUUUAUUGAUAAUGACACUAAAGCCAAAAGAAUAAUGGAGGUUCACAUAGAAAAAGAAGGAAACACAUUCCAACCAACUGAGGUGAUUAUCAGGGAGACUAAGAAGAUUCCAGACUCUUAUUUCUAUAAAGGAGACCACAGAAUCCAAGAACUGCCUGAUUACGACGAGGCGCAGCAGGAAGGGGAGGAGCUUACUGCCAAUGACAGCCGGCCCAGCUCCACUCAGCUCAUGGCCGAUGACUCCUACAAAGCUCUCAAACUGCUCAGCCAGCACUCUGUAGAGUAUCACGACGACGAGCUCUCUGAACUCAGGGGAGAGUCUUACAGGUUCGCUGAGAAGAUGCUCCGUUCUGAGAAACUAGACAUAUCCCACUCUGAUACAGAGGACUCUAUGGCUGACCAAACACACCAAAUUACCUCAGAGUCGCAUGGGGCAGAGAGCGAUUACGGUGAGAAAGAGGCCGUGCCCAGGAAAGAGUUCACUUUCAAGUCAUCAAAGGAUACAUCCUCUAAGUCAGGUAAAUGUUCUCAUAAGGAUGACAAGUUUGACAAAGUGACAGUGUUGCAUUACACCACAGAGCCAGGCAGCCCAAAACAUGCAGUGUGGAUGCGUUUCACUGAGGACAAGCUGGACAGGAACAGAGAGAAGCUCAUCUACGAGGACCGCGUGGAUCAAACUGUCAAGGAAGCUGAGGAGAAACUGAGCGAGGUCUCUCAGUUUUUCCGUGACAAAACUGAGAAACUGAACGACGAACUGCAAUCCCCGGAGAAAAAGCCUCCAAAGAGAGACCCCAGGGAGACCAGGUCUGGGCCCAGCUCCACCUGUAAUAGCCCAGAGAAAACCCAGCAGAAAGCCAAGGCAGAGGGGGAGGAGUGGGGCAAGGGAAGGGGGAACAAACUGUUCAGUAGUACGACUGAGAGGAAGACCUCUAGUCUACCCAACAGUCCAGAGAGAGCUGUUCUCUCCCACUUCAGUGAGGAUACAUCCAAACAGCAGACAAAGGCAGAGGAAUUCUCUGAGCCAACCCAGGUUAAAGCCUCCAUCUCUAGAGUGAGCUCUGUUAGGAUGAAGUUCGAAUCAGAGGCUCAGAACCAAGAUAAGAGUAGUCCUCAGCUAGUACAGUCCACACCCCCAGUCAGCAGACUGCAGGAGAACAAGCUGCCAGUGAAUCAACUGUUCACUGGAGGAAAGACAACUAUAGGGUCUGAGGCCACAGAGGAAGGAAGUCCUUUUAAAAAGAUUCCAGAGAAACUCAAAGGACCUGCUUCCAAUAGCAGUAAAUCAGUUGUCUCAUCAGCUGCCCCCAAACAAUCAGGAGACAAACUGACUAAUAAGAACCUACCAUACACCAUAGCCUUAAAACACCUAACAGGUCAGACUGAUAAAGAAUCAGAGAAAACAAGCCCAUUGAGCCAGGAGAGUCAGGGCAUUGAGAUCAGUAAGGGUGUAAAGGGACCACCAUCACAUAGUCCUACACAUGACGCACCCAAGGAGAACAGUGGGGAAGUUGAAAAAGAACAGGUUUCUAUGAGGGAUUCUCCUUCCAAACAUGUUGCAUCAAGUCCCACAACCAAUAGGGUUGCUCAUUCUGAACCUGUGUCUAAACACCAUGGGGAAGCACAAAACAAGAAUCUUAGAAAAAAGACAGAGUACCAGAUCCCAGACAGGUCUGUGUCUAGUCACUCAGACAGCGAUCAGUCAGAGAAAGCAAAACAAGACACAGUAACUAAGCCAUCUGAAAAGACAUCCCAAAUCCCUAUACUAAAUAAGAACAGAAUAAGGGUCAGCCCAGUAACAAGCCCUACAAAGACAGAAGAACUAACAGACACAUCUCUUGAAAUAUUAGAUAAUGCACCAAAAGAUUCUAACUUGAACAAUGUGCAUGACACUUGCACAAGAGAAAUACAAGAGAGAUUAGCACCAGAGAAAACCACCACCAGAGAAAACUUCAAAGGCAUCAAAACAUUACCUGUCUAUGUGAGUGUCCAGGUGGGUAGGCAGGGAGAAAGAGAGGGCAGAGGAGGAGUACUGUACAAACAGAAACAGCCCUCUUCGCCUCAGGCCAGUCCUGACGAUGACACGCUAGAGCAGGUAUCUUUCAUAGACAGCUCAGGGAAGAGUCCCCUCACCCCGGAGACCCCUAGCUCAGAGGAGAUCAGCUAUGACCUCACCUCCAGAACACCAGACUCCAUCCUGGGCUUCACUCCCUUCCAGCCUAGCCCUAUCCCAGAGGUCUCCGAGGACUCCUCAGAGGAGGAGCAGGGCCAGGUAUUUUCCUUCAAGGACUUCAAACCAGAGACACCUAAUGUCACAGCAGCUGACCUUAAGAAUGGAAACCACCAGGCUGGACAGACACCUAAAGACAAAGGAGUAGCGUACAUCCAAUUCCCCCCUCCGCCUCCCCUGGACUCUGAGCAGUCCGGCCCCGAGGAGAAGAAGAAGAAGAAGGGAUCAUGUGGUUCCUCUGAGGCGGACAUGGAGAUGAUGGAGGUCAACCUCCAGGAAGAGUAUGAUAAACACUUCCUCACAGAGCCCAUCAUCAGAGUCCAGCCCCCCUCCCCGGUCCCCCCCGGGGCUGACGACAGUGACUCCAGUGAUGAUGAGUCCGUCUUCCAGCCCAUCUCUUUUAAGAAAUACACCUUUAAGAUCUCAGAGGGGCAGGAGCAGGAGAUCAAGAAUGGGUCCAAAUCCCCAAAACAGGAUAAAAACAGAAACAACAAAGAGCCAGGAAGUAACAAAACUAAUGGAACUUAUGAAGCUGGUAAAACAGAGGAGUACGACUCUGAACAGAAUGGAAAUGACCAGUCCAUAACAGACUGUUCUAUCGCCACGACGGCAGAGUUCUCUCAUGACACUGACGCUACUGAGGUCGACUCCCUGGAUGGGUAUGACAUGCAGGAUGAGGACGAUGGUCUGUGUGAGAUAGACACUAAACCCUUCAGCCUGCCGGACAGCAGGAAGGACGUGUGGACCUCAGACAGCAUGCUCCGGUCCUGCGACCGCUCCUUCAGUCAGACCAAACUAGAGGCCAUUGAAGAGGAAAAAACACCGGAGGAGGAAUCCAGAAAGGCUCAAGCUAAAAGUGAUCCAGUUGACAUAAAAACAGAUGGGGCCAUCUCUCAGGACCAGAAGGACAACGAUGGGUUUUCUGAUACAUACUUUAGUUACAAGCUAGAGGAGGCGUUUGACUCUCCGUUUAAAACUGUUGCUACUAAAGGUCUGGACUUUGACCCCUGGUCCAGUGUAGGAGGAGACAAUGAAGUGGUUGACGCCAGGAUAAAAGACGACGAGCCGAAGCCGUUUGGGCUGGCAGCAGACGACAGGUCACAGGCCACGACCCCAGACACGACCCCUGCCAGAACACCGACCGAUGAUAGCACCACGCCGACUAGCGAGCCAAACCCGUUCCCCUUCCAUGAAGGGAAGAUGUUUGAGAUGACUCGCAGUGGUGCGAUUGACAUGAGCAAGCGGGAUAUUGUUGAAGAAAGACUGCAGUUUUUUCAGAUUGGCCCUCAGAGCCCCUGUGAGAGGACUGACCUACGGAUGGCCAUAGUGGCAGAUCACCUGGGUCUGAGCUGGACUGAGCUUGCCAGGGAAAUGGAUUUCUCUGUAGAUGAGAUCAAUCACAUCCGCGUGGAUAACCCCAACUCUCUGACCGCUCAGAGUUUCAUGCUUUUAAAGAAAUGGGUUAGCAGAGAUGGUAAAAAUGCCACAACGGAUUCCCUUACAGAGGUCCUGACUAAGAUCAAUCGGAUGGAUAUUGUGACAUUGCUGGAAGGGCCAAUAUUUGACUAUGGUAACAUUUCAGGCACAAGAUGUUUUGCUGAUGAUAACGCAGUUACCCUGGAUCAGUGUAAUGGUUCCAGCAGCAUCCAGCUGGAGCUUCAGACCCCCACAGGGUUGAUCUGUCAGCCCUCUACCCCGCUAAGCAGCAACCACUUCUUUGACGAGGACGCUGGCCUAGACUCCCCCUCUAGAACGCCCACUAGACCAUGUGACUUGUCACUCACCCAGACCACCAGCACCCCAGGCCCCGCCCCCCAUGCUCAACCCCCCACAAUGGUGGUAGAGGAAGACACCUCAGGACCGCUAGACUCCCGGGGCCCCGGGGAGGGCGCCUGGGAGGGCCCCGGGGAGGGCGCCUGGGAAGGCGGGGGCCCUAAAGUGACCUCCACUGAAGAUGACACAGGGGUUAGCAGAGAGUCAGUGGCCUCAUACAAGCCCCAUGACAGGGAGGCAGGGGUGAGAGAGCAGGAUGUUGACAUGGGGAUGCUGAUACGUCAGAUUGAUCUUCCUCAGGGGGUGGUCAGGGAGGAUGAGUGGCUGGCUGGAGCCAGAGGAGACCCAUCAGAGACCCUGGGCUUUAGGCCUGCCCUGGGGGGGGGGUCUGGUUCUCCCGGGGAAGAGGAAGAGGAGGGAGAGAUGAGUGAGGAGAAGUUAAAGUCUCUGUUGGAGGAGAUGGCGCUGGAGGAAGGCUCGGAGGACGAGGAUAUGACGGAGGACAGGAUAAACGCCAUCUUGUCUCAGGUGCAGCAGGCAGACAAAGAUGUGAUGUCGUCACCUGCAGGUUGGCAUAGUGAGACGUCCAGCGUGAACGUGGAGCCCCCGACACCUGGCCGCAGUCUGAGUGCUGAGGGCAACGACCUCCAGGACACCAGCCCUGUGAAUUCUCUGGACUCCCUGACGACAUCACCUGUCCGACCAGCAGAGAAAUCCAAUGGAGACCACGCUGACUUCCUGUCCCAGCCCGAGUCACUUCCUGAGGCCCAGGCUUCGUCCAACGGGGUGAAGGGUCAUGGCCAGGUCGAGGACGAGGGAAGGGCAUCAGCGUCACAAGGAGGGCAGGAGGAGGAGGGAGGAGUGCAGAGGUCACAGCACAAAGUCCAGGAGGGUGGUAGAGAUAAGGAGACCAGCUUUGAUGAGGAACGGACUGUCACCACCAAGGUGUACCGGCGGAGGGUCAUUCUGAAGGGAGAAGAGGCCAGAAACAUCCCUGUGGAGUCAGUGACAGAAGAGCAGUUCACAGACGAGGAUGGAAACAUUGUCACCCGAAAAGUCAUCAGGAAAGUAGUACGUCGUAUUGCUGCUACGGCAACUACUUUUACUGCUGCUACUACUACUGCUGCUGCUACAGAGGAGGUGAAAGCAGGAGGAAGAGGAGAAGCAGCAGGAGGAGGAGGCAGGAAGGAAAAUAAGGGCAGGAAGAGAAACAAGUGCUCCCGAGGAGGCCCUAAGGCAGAGCAGGAGAGCUCUAAGGGUCAGAGGGGAAAGACUGAGUCUGGAGAAGGGUCAGGGUCGAAGGUGAAAAGGAAGCAAGUGGAAAAGGAUCAAUGGUAACAGUCGUGUGCUCAACCUGGUUUGUUGAUGUUUCAUGACUUCCUGGAAGGGAGAUAACUGGAACCUUGAAGCAGGAGAACAGCCAAUCAGAACGUGUGUCUGCAGCUUUCACGUUAACGCAUGGUUUUUACAGCAAGACCACUUUAUUUGAUUUCGCAUGAGCAUGAUGAAAAACGUACUUUUCUGUCCACAACCUGGGCUCCAGCCGUGACCUGUCGUUACCACGGUGACAGGAGAACAGGGGUGUGGUCUUGCUCCAUCAUGGCGUCAGGACGACAGUAGCCACACCUCCAAGCAUCUUCUCGGAACCAAUCAGGCACAACAGGACGUUUGAUUGACAGAUUAGAGAAACACUUAGAGUCACCUUCUACAAACCUUAUAUUUUCUGUCCUGUAGCCACACCACUGGGGUGGGUGUAUAAUGUGGCUGUGUUUUUUAAUGAUAACGGGGGGUUUGGUUGGAUAUAAACGACACUGUAAAACCUUCUGAAGUUAGUCACUGAUAGAAAGUUCUUUCUGCUCUGGUAGGAAAGCUUCGCAAAGCAUUGGAAUGAAAUGCAAAUAUUUGAUUCCACCUUUAUGAAAACGCUUGGGUGUUACUGCACAUGUCUAAUUAUCAGCAGGAAAUGUUUGUCAAAUCAAAAUGGUAGCUUGAUUUUAACCUAACUCCACUGCAACUCUCAAACAUCACUUCUGUGAACAAUAUUUCCUCAGAGUACUAAUAUUUUGAUGCAUGAGAUUCACCUGGUUUGACUUAGUUUUCCUCAUUUGCGAACAUUGUAUUAUGAAAUAAGGUGUUUAUUUCUAUCAGUCUGUCUACUCUGCUCUGGCACUGACUGUUUUAAAGAAACAUGAACUCACACAGCCACCUGGGGGACAGCAGGACAGAGAGGGAACCUUCAUUCUAAUGCUUUAUGAGGGCCCGCUGUGUAACCUGGAAUAUGCCUCUACUAUUAAAGACCUGGAGAUAUGAGAACUCCCAAUUUAUAAUGUAGACUGGCACAUUGGAAAGGGUUAGAGAGCUAUUACCCCAAUUUAUAAUGUAGACUGGCACAUUGGAAAGGGUUAGAGAGAUAUUACCCCAAUUUAUAACGUAGACUGGCACAUUGGAAAGGGUUAGAGAGCUAUUACCCCAAUUUAUAACGUAGACUGGCACAUUGGAAAGGGUUAGAGAGGUAUUACCCCAAUUUAUAAUGUAGACUGGCACAUUGGAAAGGGUUAGAGAGGUAUUACCCCAAUUUAUAACGUAGACUGGCACAUUGGAAAGGGUUAGAGAGCUAUUACCCCAAUUUAUAAUGUAGACUGGCACAUUGGAAAGGGCUAGAGAGCUAUUACCCCAAUAUAUAAUGUAGACUGACACAUUGGAAAGGCUUAGAGUGUUUACCCCAAUUUAUAAUGUAGACUGGCACAUUGGAAAGGGUUAGAGAGGUAUUACCCCAAUUUAUAAUGUAGACUGGCACAUUGGAAAGUGUUAGAGAGUGUUUACCCCAAUUUAUAAUGUAGACUGACACAUGGGAAAGGCUUAGAGCGUUUACCCCAAUUUAUAAUGUAGACUGGCACAUUGGAAAGGGUUAGAGAGCGUUUACCCCAAUUUAUAACGUAGACUGACACAUUGGAAAGGGUUAGAGAGCAUUUACCCCAAUUUAUAAUGUAGACUGGCACAUUGGAAAGGGUUAGAGAGCUAUUACCCCAAUUUAUAAUGUAGACUGGCACAUUGGAAAGGCUUAGAGAGCGUUUACCCCAAUUUAUAAUGUAGACUGGCACAUUGGAAAGGGUUACAGAGGUAUUACCCCAAUUUAUAAUGUAGACUGGCACAUUGGAAAGGGUUAGAGAGGUAUUACCCCAAUUUAUAACGUAGACUGGCACAUUGGAAAGGGUUAGAGAGCUAUUACCCCAAUUUAUAAUGUAGACUGGCACAUUGGAAAGGGCUAGAGAGCUAUUACCCCAAUAUAUAAUGUAGACUGACACAUUGGAAAGGCUUAGAGUGUUUACCCCAAUUUAUAAUGUAGACUGGCACAUUGGAAAGGGUUAGAGAGGUAUUAUCCCAAUUUAUAAUGUAGACUGGCACAUUGGAAAGUGUUAGAGAGUGUUUACCCCAAUUUAUAAUGUAGACUGACACAUUGGAAAGGCUUCGAGUGUUUACCCCAAUUUAUAAUGUAGACUGGCACAUUGGAAAGGCUUAGAGAGUGUUUACCCCAUUUUAUAAUGUAGACUGGCACAUUGGAAAGGGUUAUAGAGGUAUUACCCCAAUUUAUAAUGUAGACUGGCACAUUGGAAAGGGUUAGAGAGGUAUUACCCCAAUUUAUAAUGUAGACUGGCACAUUGGAAAGUGUUAGAGAGUGUUUACCCCAAUUUAUAAUGUAGACUGACACAUUGGAAAGGGUUAGAGAGGUAUUACCCCAAUUUAUAAUGUAGACUGGCACAUUGGAAAGGGUUAGAGAUGUAUUACCCCAAUUUAUAAUGUAGACUGGCACAUUGGAAAGGGUUAGAGAGGUAUUACCCCAAUUUAUAAUGUAGACUGGCACAUUGGAAAGGGUUAGAGAGGUAUUACCCCAAUAUAUAAUGUAGACUGGCACAUUGGAAAGGCUAAGAGAGCGUUUACCCCAAUUUAUAAUGUAGACUGGCAAAUUGGAAAGGGUUAGAGAGCUAUUACCCCAAUUUAUAAUGUAGACUGGCACAUUGGAAAGGGUUAGAGAGGUAUUACCCCAAUAUAUAAUGUAGACUGGCACAUUGGAAAGGCUAAGAGAGCGUUUACCCCAAUUUGUAAUGUAGACUGGUCCAUUGGAAAGGGUUAGAGAGCUAUUACCCCAAUUUAUAAUGUAGACUGGCACAUUGGAAAGGCUUAGAGAGUGUUUACCCCAUUUUAUAAUGUAGACUGGCACAUUGGAAAGGGUUAGAGAGGUAUUACCCCAAUAUAUAAUGUAGACUGGCACAUUGGAAAGGCUAAGAGAGCGUUUACCCCAAUUUAUAAUGUAGACUGGCACAUUGGAAAGGGUUAGAGAGCUAUUACCCCAAUAUAUAAUGUAGACUGACACAUGGGAAAGGCUUAGAGCGUUUACCCCAAUGUAUAAUGUAGACUGGCACAUUGGAAAGGGUUAGAGAGCGUUUACCCCAAUUUAUAACGUAGACUGACACAUUGGAAAGGGUUAGAGAGCGUUUACCCCAAUUUAUAAUGUAGACUGGCACAUUGGAAAGGGUUAGAGAGGUAUUACCCCAAUUUAUAAUGUAGACUGGCACAUUGGAAAGUGUUAGAGAGUGUUUACCCCAAUUUAUAAUGUAGACUGACACAUUGGAAAGGCUUCGAGUGUUUACCCCAAUUUAUAAUGUAGACUGGCACAUUGGAAAGGCUUAGAGAGUGUUUACCCCAUUUUAUAAUGUAGACUGGCACAUUGGAAAGGGUUAGAGAGGUAUUACCCCAAUUUAUAAUGUAGACUGGCACAUUGGAAAGGGUUAGAGAGGUAUUACCCCAAUAUAUAAUGUAGACUGGCACAUUGGAAAGGCUAAGAGAGCGUUUACCCCAAUUUAUAAUGUAGACUGGCACAUUGGAAAGGGUUAGAGAGCUAUUACCCCAAUAUAUAAUGUAGACUGACACAUGGGAAAGGCUUAGAGCGUUUACCCCAAUGUAUAAUGUAGACUGGCACAUUGGAAAGGGUUAGAGAGCGUUUACCCCAAUUUAUAACGUAGACUGACACAUUGGAAAGGGUUAGAGAGCGUUUACCCCAAUUUAUAAUGUAGACUGGCACAUUGGAAAGGGUUAGAGAGGUAUUACCCCAAUUUAUAAUGUAGACUGGCACAUUGGAAAGUGUUAGAGAGUGUUUACCCCAAUUUAUAAUGUAGACUGACACAUUGGAAAGGCUUCGAGUGUUUACCCCAAUUUAUAAUGUAGACUGGCACAUUGGAAAGGCUUAGAGAGUGUUUACCCCAUUUUAUAAUGUAGACUGGCACAUUGGAAAGGGUUAGAGAGGUAUUACCCCAAUUUAUAAUGUAGACUGGCACAUUGGAAAGGGUUAGAGAGGUAUUACCCCAAUAUAUAAUGUAGACUGGCACAUUGGAAAGGCUAAGAGAGCGUUUACCCCAAUUUAUAAUGUAGACUGGCACAUUGGAAAGGGUUAGAGAGCUAUUACCCCAAUAUAUAAUGUAGACUGACACAUGGGAAAGGCUUAGAGCGUUUACCCCAAUUUAUAAUGUAGACUGGCACAUUGGAAAGGGUUAGAGAGCGUUUACCCCAAUUUAUAACGUAGACUGACACAUUGGAAAGGGUUAGAGAGCGUUUACCCCAAUUUAUAAUGUAGACUGGCACAUUGGAAAGGGUUAGAGAGCUAUUACCCCAAUUUAUAAUGUAGACUGGCACAUUGGAAAGGCUUAGAGAGCGUUUACCCCAAUUUAUAAUGUAGACUGGCACAUUGGAAAGGGUUAGAGAGCUAUUACCCCAAUUUAUAAUGUAGACUGGCACAUUGGAAAGGGUUACAGAGGUAUUACCCCAAUUUAUAAUGUAGACUGGCACAUUGGAAAGGGUUAGAGAGGUAUUACCCCAAUUUAUAACGUAGACUGGCACAUUGGAAAGGGUUAGAGAGCUAUUACCCCAAUUUAUAAUGUAGACUGGCACAUUGGAAAGGGCUAGAGAGCUAUUACCCCAAUAUAUAAUGUAGACUGACACAUUGGAAAGGCUUAGAGUGUUUACCCCAAUUUAUAAUGUAGACUGGCACAUUGGAAAGGGUUAGAGAGGUAUUACCCCAAUUUAUAAUGUAGACUGGCACAUUGGAAAGUGUUAGAGAGUGUUUACCCCAAUUUAUAAUGUAGACUGACACAUUGGAAAGGCUUCGAGUGUUUACCCCAAUUUAUAAUGUAGACUGGCACAUUGGAAAGGCUUAGAGAGUGUUUACCCCAUUUUAUAAUGUAGACUGGCACAUUGGAAAGGGUUAUAGAGGUAUUACCCCAAUUUAUAAUGUAGACUGGCACAUUGGAAAGGGUUAGAGAGGUAUUACCCCAAUUUAUAAUGUAGACUGGCACAUUGGAAAGUGUUAGAGAGUGUUUACCCCAAUUUAUAAUGUAGACUGACACAUUGGAAAGGGUUAGAGAGGUAUUACCCCAAUUUAUAAUGUAGACUGGCACAUUGGAAAGGGUUAGAGAGGUAUUACCCCAAUUUAUAAUGUAGACUGGCACAUUGGAAAGGGUUAGAGAGGUAUUACCCCAAUUUAUAAUGUAGACUGGCACAUUGGAAAGGGUUAGAGAGGUAUUACCCCAAUAUAUAAUGUAGACUGGCACAUUGGAAAGGCUAAGAGAGCGUUUACCCCAAUUUAUAAUGUAGACUGGCACAUUGGAAAGGGUUAGAGAGCUAUUACCCCAAUUUAUAAUGUAGACUGGCACAUUGGAAAGGGUUAGAGAGGUAUUACCCCAAUAUAUAAUGUAGACUGGCACAUUGGAAAGGCUAAGAGAGCGUUUACCCCAAUUUGUAAUGUAGACUGGUCCAUUGGAAAGGGUUAGAGAGCUAUUACCCCAAUUUAUAAUGUAGACUGGCACAUUGGAAAGGCUUAGAGAGUGUUUACCCCAUUUUAUAAUGUAGACUGGCACAUUGGAAAGGGUUAGAGAGGUAUUACCCCAAUAUAUAAUGUAGACUGGCACAUUGGAAAGGCUAAGAGAGCGUUUACCCCAAUUUAUAAUGUAGACUGGCACAUUGGAAAGGGUUAGAGAGCUAUUACCCCAAUAUAUAAUGUAGACUGACACAUGGGAAAGGCUUAGAGCGUUUACCCCAAUGUAUAAUGUAGACUGGCACAUUGGAAAGGGUUAGAGAGCGUUUACCCCAAUUUAUAACGUAGACUGACACAUUGGAAAGGGUUAGAGAGCGUUUACCCCAAUUUAUAAUGUAGACUGGCACAUUGGAAAGGGUUAGAGAGCUAUUACCCCAAUUUAUAAUGUAGACUGGCACAUUGGAAAGGCUUAGAGAGCGUUUACCCCAAUUUAUAAUGUAGACGGCACAUUGGAAAGGGUUAGAGAGGUAUUACCCCAAUUUAUAAUGUAGACUGACACAUUGGAAAGGCUUAGAGAGCGUUUACCCCAAUGUAUAAUGUAGACUGACACAUUGGAAAGGCUUAGUGAGCGUUUAGUCCAAUUUAUAAUGUAGACUGGCACAUUGGAAAGGCUUAGAGAGCGUUUACCCCAAUUUAUAAUGUAGACUGGCACAUUGGAAAGGGUUAACAGUUAUCAUAUGUAUUGGCUCUAAACCAAUCAUUGGUCAUUAUUUUAUCAGAAUAAUGUUAUGUUUUUAGCCUGCUGUGGUUUAAAGGGGCAUUUUGGGUUUUGGUGCCAUAUUUCCUUCCGUUGUAUCUAUUCAUAUGAGACCACCUAAAGCAUUGAUUGAUGAUCUGGUAACAUAUGUAUGACAACCAACAUGGAUGAUCCAAUUCAUUAUUUAAGCAGAAAUAAAUUGUGAUUAAACUGAA